AUGAUCCGUCCGGGCCCGGAAGUGCUCACCUUCGCGCUCGAGGACUGGCCGCGCAAGGACGGGCCCAGCACCCGGGCGAGCAAGCCCAAGGUGCGGACAGGGUGCAUCACUUGCAAACGCCGCAGGGUAAAAUGUGACGAAGCGAAGCCGACAUGCCACAACUGCGUCAAGCGCAAGGUCCCGUGUGAGGGCUACAUCACGGAGCCGCGGGCAUCGAAGACGCCCCCGAAACAGGCGGUGCGGUCGCCGAGGGGCGCGGUGGUGGCCAUCUCGCCGCGGGUGGUCGAGCCGAGCUACGAGGGCCUCGUGUUCACCAGCCAGCUGCAGAGGGAUCACUUUGACCACUGGCUGUGGUUCGCGGGCGACACGCUGGUGUUCCCAUCGGAGCUGAUCACUGAAACGAUACCGCAGCUCGCGCGGUCCGACGCCGGCGUGAGGAAUGCGGCGUUUGCGAUUGGCGCUGCGUCGUUGGGGAGUUUCACGAGAGAGCAGCGGCUCAGGGGCAAGGGGCCGUAUUAUUCUGAUGCGCUGAGGUACUAUAACCGCGCGUUGCAGCACACGGCGGCGUCGGCCACGACGGAAGACUCGUUCCCGAAGGUGCUCAUGACGUGUCUUUUGUUCUUCAUGUUUGAGGCGUUGCAAGGGGAUAGGAAGGCGGCGUUGAUUCACUUGAAUCACGGGUGUCAUAUCUUGGACCAGUAUGAGCGGCGGGUCGGGCGGAAAAGGACACCGCUGCUUGAGGCGAUAGUUGCGAACUUUCAGCGCCUUACGAUGCAGUCGUGGAGUCAUGGAGGAGAUCAUCCUGCCGAGACUGAAGAGCAUGUGCCGUGGUGCUGUCGAGGGAGGAUGAAGCGGUAUGCUGUGGAUGAGAUGCCGGAGGUGUUUGAUACCCUCGACGAGGCACAUCGCUGGUGGGAGGUUACGCAGCACCAUGUUGUACACCACGCACCACUAUUGAUUGGAUUUAGGGUCGAAGGGACGGGGAGCAAGUCACCGGCAGCAUAUCCCUCGACACAGAGCUUGCCGAUAUCUACUGAGAAGGUCAAGGAGCACAUGAAGUUCAUUGAGCACUGGCGUGCGAGGUUCUUGCCCUUGGUGGAGGCGACGGGAAAGCACGCCAAAGACCAAGAAGAUCGGGAGCGGCUGAAGGCCCUCGGUCUGAGGAUACAUUCUACGUACCUGUCCGUACCAACCAAGACCGCAAAUUACACGGACUGGGAAGCACUCGUAUCCUUGACGCCCGCGUUCAGGGAGGUUGUCACGCUCAGCGAGAAGUUUCUCACAUUUCAACAGCGGCACGCGAAGAUGGGCGAGGUGUUUACGAUGAACAGCAUCAGUCCCACGUGGCCCCUCGGCGCGGCGGCCAUCCUGUGCGCCGACGACAACGUGAAGGCGGACGCGAUGAGGCUGCUGCGCAGGUUCCCUCGCCGGGACGGACUUUGGGAUACGUGUACGUAUGUCACGAUGCUGGAGGGCGUCCAGCGGGCGAAGGAGACUCUUCGGAGCCGUGUUGGGGAGAAGAGCGAGGAGGAUCACAUGUUUAGUUACGAGGUUGUGUACGAUGAGAAGUCCAUCUCGUGGGUCAAGGCUGUGGAGGAUCCGGCGGUCGUCGGACGGGAUGCGUUGGAGUACAAGAUCGAGAUGCCGUGA